GCGGGCGCAGCCCGGCCCGUGGCCAUGGCGGCGGCGGCCAGCUCCCCGCCGCCCCCGCCGCGUGGCACCGAGGUGAGCCUGGCCGCGGGCGGCGGGGGCGCGAGCGUGGCGGUGCGGCUGGAGGCCCGGCCGGAGCCCGGGGGGCGCGGCGGCGGCGGCUCGGGCGGGGCGGGGCGGGCGCGGGGGGGGCGGCAGGGGCGGCGGGGCGCGGGCGGCGGCGGGGCGGCGGCGCUGGGCCCAGGGCUGGGCCUGGGUCUGGGGGCCGGGCGGGCGCCGCAGCUGUUCGAGCGCGCCUCGCCGCGCUGGUGGGACCCGCAGUUUGACUCGAGCAACCUGGAGCAGGCCUGCCGCGAGCGCCGCUUCCCGCAGACGCGGCGCCGGCUCCGCUACGCGCUCUCCUACCUGGGCGCGGCCGCGCUGCUCUGGGGCGCCUACCUGGGCUGGCGGCGCGGCGGGGCGGGGCGCGCGGCGGCGGCGGCGGCGCCGGCACUGGCCUUCCUGGGCGCCUGCCUGGCCGCUUUCCUGUUCACCUUCACGCGCGCGUACGGCCGCCACCCGGCCGGCACCUCGCUGGCCCUCACGCUGCUGGUCUUCGCCCUCCCGCUGGCCGCGCAGCUGCCGGCGCCCGGGCCCGCCGGGGGGGGCAACGCGAGCGCGGGGGCGCGCGCGGCGCCCCCGCCCUGCCUGUCGCCGGUGGGCAGCUUCUCGCUGUGCGUGGAGGCGCUGCUGCUGCUCUACGCCGUCCUGCACCUGCCGCUCUACCUGAGCGUGCUGCUGGGGCUGGGCUGCUCGGUGCUCUUCGAGGCCCUAGGCUACCGCUUCCGCGACGAGCACUGCUUCGCGGCCCCGGGCGACCGGCCGGCCCACUGGGAGUUGCUGGGCAAGGCCCUGCUGCACCUCUGCAUCCACGCCACCGGCGUGCACCUCUUUAUUAUGUCCGAGGUACGGUCCCGGAGCACCUUCCUCAAGGUGGGGCAGUCCAUCAUGCAUGGAAAGGACCUGGAGGUGGAGAAGGCCCUGAAGGAGCGCAUGAUCCACUCCGUCAUGCCCAGGAUCAUCGCCGACGACCUGAUGAAACCGGGGGACGACGAGAGCGAGAACUCGGCGAAGCGCCCCUCCGCCUCCAGCCCCAAAAGCAGGAAGAAGAAGCCCUCCAUACAGAAGACCCCCAUCGUAUUCCGCCCCUUCAAAAUGCAGCAGAUAGAACAAGUCAGUAUUUUGUUUGCCGACAUUGUCGGCUUUACCAAAAUGAGUGCCAACAAAUCCGCACAUGCCCUGGUGGGGCUCUUGAAUGACCUCUUUGGCCGCUUUGACCGCCUCUGCGAGGACACCAGAUGUGAGAAGAUAAGCACCCUGGGGGACUGUUACUACUGUGUGGCUGGGUGUCCUGAGCCCCGAGCAGAUCACGCUUACUGCUGCAUUGAGAUGGGCCUGGGCAUGAUCAAAGCCAUUGAACAAUUUUGCCAGGAGAAGAAAGAGAUGGUGAAUAUGCGGGUUGGUGUGCACACGGGGACUGUCCUUUGUGGCAUUCUGGGAAUGAGGAGGUUCAAGUUUGAUGUCUGGUCCAAUGAUGUCAAUUUGGCCAACUUAAUGGAACAACUGGGCGUCGCUGGGAAGGUCCAUAUUUCAGAGGCUACUGCAAAAUACUUGGACGAUCGCUAUGAAAUGGAGGAUGGACAGGUGAUGGACCGCGUGGGCCAGAGUGUGGUAGCAGACCAGCUGAAAGGUUUGAAAACAUACUUGAUCUCUGGCUUGAAAAAGAAGGAGACCCACUGCAGCUGCUCGCAGCUGCUUCUUCCAGGUCUAGAAGCAGGAGACAGAAACAAGCCACAGGGAGCGUCACCAUUGGAGAAUGUUGACCAUUCAGCAAAAGCAUUCAAGCGCUUAGAGAAAAAUAAGAUCUGCCAUUCAUGCAGUGCUACUUUUCCCUCUGGCUGUGCUGUGAGCGUAGAAGAAGGUGCUAUUCAAAAUGGAUGCCAGGACGACCAUAAGACCAGCACAAAGAGUCCUGCGGGAGGCAGCCCAAAGUCUCGGAAUGGACUUUUAAGUCCACCCCAGGAGGAGAAACUGAGCAACAGUCAAACAUCUCUUUAUGAAAUGUUGCAAGAGAAAGGAAGAUGGGUUGGUGCGAGCUUGGAUCAUUCAGCUCUUUUGCCAUUGAGGUUCAAAAAUAUCAGAGAAAAAACAGAUGCUCACUUUGUUGAGGUUAUUAAAGAAGACAGCUUGAUGAAAGACUAUUUUUUUAAGCCACCUAUUAACAAGCUGAGCCUGAACUUCCUUGACCAGGACCUGGAGACGGCCUACAGGAGCAGCUACCAAGAAGAGGUCGUAAGAAGGGUCCCCGUGAAGACCUUUGCCAGCGCCACCUUCAGUUCCCUUCUGGAUGUGUCCCUGUCCGCCACGGUCUUCCUCAUCCUCUCAGCUGCUUGCUUCCUGAAACACGGGGCGGCUGCAUCUCCUCCCCCUCCUGCAGCCAUGGCUGUGGCGGUGGUUGCCAUCCUGAUCGAGGUGGUCUCUCUCACUGUCUCCAUUAGAAUGGCAUUCUUCUUGGAGGACAUGAUGGUCUGCACCAAGCGGCUGUUAGAGGCGAUUGCUGGGUGGCUGCCCCGGCACUUCGUUGGUGCCAUUUUGAUCUCCCUUCCUGCUCUGGCUGUCUUCUCACACUUCACCUCUGAGUUUGAAACCAACAUCUAUUCCACCAUGUUUAUGUGUUCUUCAGUUCUCAUCACGAUAGUCCAGUACUGUAACUUUUGCCAGCUCAGCUCCUGGAUGAGAUCCUCUUUGGCUACCCUUGUUGGUGGGGUCCUGCUCCUUUUACUGUAUGUGCCCUUGUGUCCUGCCAGCUUCUUGGAGGAAUCAAACCUCCUUUCACCAAGGAACGUAAGCUCUGUACAGAACGCCUGCAACAGGUCAGCUUUGGGCGACUUCAGGAGGCCAGCAGAUCUGAUUGGCCACGAAGUGAUUUUGGGGUUCUUCCUUCUCCUUCUCUUAAUUUGGUUCUUAAAUCGGGAGUUUGAGGUGAGUUACCGCCUCCAUUAUCAUGGAGAUGUGGAAGCAGACCUUCACCGUACCAAGAUUCAGAGCAUGAGGGACCAGGCUGACUGGCUGUUGCGGAACAUUAUUCCAUAUCAUGUGGCAGAGCAGCUGAAAGUGUCCCAAAGCUAUUCCAAAAACCACGAUAGCGGAGGUGUGAUCUUUGCCAGCAUUGUGAACUUCAGUGAGUUCUAUGAGGAAAAUUACGAAGGUGGCAAGGAAUGUUACCGAGUCCUGAAUGAACUCAUUGGGGAUUUUGAUGAGCUGCUGAGCAAGCCUGAUUAUAGUAGCAUUGAGAAAAUCAAAACCAUUGGGGCUACCUACAUGGCUGCCUCUGGGUUGAACGCCUCCCAGUGCCAGGACAAUAGCAAUCCCCACGCCCAUCUGCAGACUCUCUUUGAAUUUGCCAAAGAAAUGAUGCAAGUGGUUGAUGACUUUAACAAUAACAUGCUGUGGUUCAAUUUUAAGCUGAGGAUUGGCUUUAACCAUGGCCCCCUGACAGCCGGGGUCAUUGGCACCACCAAGCUCUUGUAUGACAUCUGGGGGGACACUGUGAACAUAGCAAGCAGAAUGGACACCACGGGGGUAGAGUGCCGGAUCCAGGUGAGUGAGGAGAGUUAUCGCAUUCUGCACAAGAUGGGCUAUGACUUUGAUUACCGGGGAACGGUCAACGUGAAGGGCAAAGGUCAAAUGAAGACUUUUCUUUAUCCCAAAUGCAUGGACAGCGGGGUAGUCCCCCAACAUCAGUUGUCUAUCUCUCCGGACAUUCGGGUUCAAGUGGAUGGCAGCAUCGGGCGGUCUCCAACUGAUGAGAUCACCAACCUGGUGCCUUCUGUACAGAACUUGGACAAGAUCUCCCCCGAUGCAGAACUUAAAGAUCUGCUGCCUCGCUUCAAGAAGUUCCCCAAAGAGUUGGUUAAAUUGGACAAUCGCCAUCAGCUCGGCAUAGCUGGUGAGAAGGGUGGCUGUGAGGAGGCAGGGCCCAAUGAGGCCAGUGAACUGACCAAACUGAACAGCUCUCGGAGCGUAUGAUGCCCAUCGAUUCUUCUCCACAAGAAAUCUAAGGUCUCUCCGACCAGCCUUGUUCUCCUGCACGGAGGGGGCAGGAAACAGCGCAGUUUGGCUCAGUUGUUACCCAUUUUUAUUUGGGCAGCUGAAUUGGAGAGGAUCAUAGCCAUGCAGGGCAGUAGCCCCUCUCUUUCCCUCCCCUUGAAAUGUUUUUUGUUGCUGAGAGGAGACAUCAAGUGCCUUCAGAUAGACUCUGCUGGACUCCUCUGCAUACUGGGGAGUAUACAUAUUGGCUGGGGAUCUGAACACAUUCAAAGGACAAGCUGUGGUUAUUUAAUUUUUGUUUCUCAUCAACUCCCUCCCUCCCUCCCUCCCUUCCUUCCGUACCUCCAAGAGGAAUGAAUAAGUAGGUGGGUGAGUGUGUACAGUACUCUCAUUUUAUAUUUAAACACAGACAGUUGCAUGUUUGCCUACCUUCUGGGAUUGACGUUAAGAGCUGGUAAGAGGAGACACUGGGACAGGAAGGAAUGGUAAUCUUGGAAACUUGGAACAGGGAGGAACGAGAAGAUUUCAUUUGAAGUUCAGCACUUACCUAAAGCAGCAGCUGAGCUGCUCAGUUUGCCAAAUCCGAUUAAAGUGCCAUUGUGCUUUCUGGAACAUUGGCCUUCCCAUUUCCCAGCAGAUCAGUCGGGCGAGGGCAAUGUACAACCAUCUGUGCUCAGCCUGAUACUCACUGGCCCUGCCAGAUGUGCCAGUGCAGCCAAUUUUGGCCCUGAUGGUUCCACGUUUUACCUUUGCCAGUAUAGGGGGCAGGGAUGAAUACCUGAUUCGGGACUGCCCCUCUUCAUUUUGUCCUUUGGGGCCCUGUGGGCACAGUCAGAGCAUCAGUUUACCUGUCUGUGUACAGAAAACAGCCCAUCCCUUAGCAGACUUGGCACCAGAGGUGGUGACGCUCCAGAGGUAUAUGGCAUAAAUCAUGCGGUUUUUGAGUCAUGGCUCUUGUUCUCACUGUGUAUCACAAAAUGUCAGAACUACAAGUGGGAGUAAGAUAAGCCCCUGGUCACGUAGCCUUUUGCUGAGGAAAUGAUGUGCGCUUGUAUUUGGCACAUCUUCCAAACAGCGCCAAAUGUUUUCAUUCCAGUAUAGUGAAAUACUGGCCUGCCUAAAGAGAAAUCCACUGUAACAUUAAUAGGCAAAAUUGAAUAGGGACUUGUCUGCCUUUUUCCAGGCUUGGAAAACCUGAAAAGGAUCAAAAGGCUUUUGGGGUUAGGCCAAAUUGGGCUACUGUAAAAGUACAAAGUUUUAGUGUUUCACAGAACUCUCCUCUGGCACUUUAUCACAACUUAAAUUGAUGAAACCUGAAGGUGACACUGUUCCCUCUUUUUGUGGGUCUGUUAAAAUUAAAUCAAGGGUAUGGUUUUUUUCCCCAGAUGUCAAAUGCAUCCCUAGAAUUUGUGGUCCUAAAGGAGCUUUCUGUGCCCCAUCCUGCGUUUGAAUGUGCCAAACAGCAUCACGAUACGCAGUCGUCCUCCUGGCACAAAACUAGAGCUUUUCCAGCAUGGGCGGAAGGUGCAGCCAUUCAGACUGACCCCCGCACUUUUCAUUUAGGAAUAGGAUGCUCUGUGCUUCUCAAGGGUAAUUGCAAGGGUACCCUUUUUUUUCUGUCUAAAGUACUGUACCAGCCCUUGCUGUGGCUGCAUUCCUGAACAAAAAGGUUAGGUGUUAACCGCCAGCAUACAUGAUGGGCUGGUUUCUGAAUAAGAUGUGUGCAGGAGGAGGCCAUGCUCAUUCUUGUGCAUCUUCUCCUCUCCCCUAGUGUUGAGCUUCCAGAACGAUUGGUGUCUGUUUAUAUUCCCUAUAAAUGAGUAAUCUGAGGUCA